AUGUCGCGCUUUGCUCAGGAUGCGUUAGAUAUGAUUCGAUCUGCGGAACAUGCCCUCUCCGGCGAUCGUCAGACGGAUUCAUACACGAUGGAAAAGAUGGUAUCGGCCGGAAAGCCUUUUAUAGGGGACAAAGAGAACUACCGUCCAUCAGUCUGGCACGUUUCUAAUGCUCAUGUUUCUCAUUCCGAUCCACUAAAUUAUGAUUUGCUUCGUCAGCUUCAGCUAGUCCUCGGCGAGGUGUCCGUUUUGCGGUCCGAGUUAGCGGCAGAGCGUGAUGCGCGCAACGAGUCGUUGAUAUCGCUCGGCAAGCGUUGGAAGGAGGAGGUGAUGGUAGAGGUGCGUAGUGGCGACUACGCCCAGCAACGCGCUGUCUCUGCACUCGAGCAUUCUAUGUGCGACCGGCUGAAGAGUGAGGCUGUGAAGUUUGCCAUCAUGAAGCGUCAGUUGGAGGAAGUACUUCAUAUCGUGAAAGCACAAAGGGGUGCUGAGUUUGAUUCUCUGGAGCAGAUUCGGGAGGAUCUGGAAUCCAUGCGAGGACAUGUCGACAUGUCAAUUGCCCAGUGCGCCGCAAUGCGCAUUGAAGCAGUGCAAGAAUUGGAGAAGGAGAAGGCGACCUUGUCGUCGCGCCUCGAUAUCGAGAUGCUUCGUUGUGUUGACAUGCACAACGAGGACGUAAAGCAGAUUCAAAUCCUCAAGGAGUACGUGAGGGAGGAAAUGCGGAAGGCGGGUACCACUAUCCGCGAUCUCGUGCAUCAGUCCUGGAGUUCUUUCGCUGCAUCUCUGGAGCGCGACAUGAGUGAAUCCAAAACCACUUUUAUGGACGAGCUGAAGCGUACAGGGGAGAGAGUGCGCUCGAUGGAAGCCAAGAUUGAGGAUAGUGUGCGAACCAGCCAAGCAGAGAUGCGCGUGCAGUCAACUAUGCUGAAGGAUCGCAUCACAGCGUUGGAAUCGAAUGAGGCCGUGAUCACUUCACGCAUGGACCGUGCGGAGAAGAAGGCUGAUGCCGCACAUCACUGCACUGCUAGGAUGGACGCCACGAUGUUAGUUUCGAGGGAGAUGGUCGAGAAAGCGAUGAGCGUUUCGCAGCGUGCGGCAGAACGAGCGCAGCGGGUUGAGGACGUCCUGGUCGACCGCGACGCGCGUCUAGUGCAGGUCGAAUCGCAGCUUCACCUUGCCACCACUGCGGGAAACCUCCAGACAGCAGUGGAGGCGUGUGCGAGGGGCUUGAAUCACUUGGAAAGUCGUGUGAGCGGACUUAAUGAAGUUUGCAUGAGGUGCGAGAGCCUCGUUGAGACUUCGGGAGGUAAACUAGACGCUACCCUUGUGCGUUUAUCGCAGUGCGAGAAAGUUGGCAACACCUCCAAAAAUGCUAUCCAGUGUAUGAUGGAAAGUCUACAGAGCAUGGCUGACCGCCUAGUCAUUGUGGAGGAUACACGAGAGAGAUUACAGGGAGCCGCAGAUCAGCAAGAGCUUACAUGUGUACGACUAGAGCACCGGCUCGACGCGAGCGAAAACCAAAUGAAGCUUUUGGCUGAGAAGCAUACCCAGUUCCAAAAGGAGCUACUCGCUCAACAGCAUGAACUUAGUGCUCGUGUCGAGGAGUCAUAUGAGAUCGCCUCUCGGUCUGAGUUCACCAGUGCAGCGGCUAAGGCGGGUGAGGAACGGUUAGAAAAACGCCUGAUAAAGCUAGAGUCGAGUACGUUGGGAUUUCUGGAACGACGCGACGCGGUGCAGGCGGAGGUGGUGGAGAUUGCCAAAGAAAUCGCUGCUAUGCAGUCCCAGAGUGCACAAAUCAAACAAAGAAUUGAUCAUAAUAAUAACCGAACGGAUAGUACUCUUGAAGCCCUUGAGCGCCUCGAAGCUGGCAUCCUGAAGAGGUCAAACAAACUUGAAAAGGAUGUGAUGUCAUGUCUAGAGCAGAUGGCAUCCCAUACUGAAGAGGCAGUGAAGUAUCUGGAGGCGGACCUGAGGGGUACCGUCCGACAGUACUCUGACGAUAUGAAGGAGCACAUACGAAAUGUAGUUAGCAAAGCCGAGGGCCGAUACGAGAAGAUCACUGAGGAUUUUAUAGACUUUCACCAUCAGAUAAAGGAUGUAGUGCAGGGUGUUAGCGUGCUCGGCAAGUUAUUAGAUCAUAAUGAGGAUCGAUAUGUUUCCAAAGCCGAGUUUGAUUCUCUGUGUCGGAGCCUUGCCUCAAGCCAAGCGCAGCGGCGUGGGGAGCGUUUAAGGAUGACGCGCGAGCUACGUGAUACUAAACGGAGGAUUGAAACGUGUGAGCGGAGGGUGAAGGUGCACUACCAUGAGGUGAAGAGCCUCAAGGCUGAACUACAGGAGCUUGUGACUUAUAGGGCAGAUACAGAGCAGUACAAUAAGCCGUUACACAGAAUGGCCUCGCAGUAUCACAGCCCGCUGAGCCCGACUGCAAGCUCAAACAAACCUAUCACAACUUGUGCGGCCGUUGUCGCGUCACCACCACCUGUCGGAGGUGUCGGAACACCUGCAGGGGGAAACUCCGCCCCGAUCGGCUGCCCAGCGCCCGACACAAACUCCUCAGGAGGCCUCAUGCAGGAUCUUUCCUUGAUAUCAGAACAACCUGUUGAGUUGAGUUCAAAUUGCCCCUCAUUUCAACCAGCAACCAAGGCAUCAGCCACGUUUAGUGUGGAGGAGGAUUUACCUCCCUCGUCGGGUCUCGUCCCCAGUGCGCCAGACAACUUUUUUCCGGUGGAAUCUGUCUCUGAGCAGAAAAGCACCCUGUUUGUCUUACCCACGGGGGAUAGUAUCGUUCAUGAGUGGAGUCCUGGGGAGGAAGCAAUAGAUGAGGCCGAUAACACCCUACACUCCACCGACAGACCGUCUUUCAUGGCGUCGAGCGCGAGGAAUGGGGUUGCUCUGAGGAGUCCUCCAGCGGCGGGAUCGGGUCCCGAUGCCGUGGGGGGGGAGCCCAUGGCGGAUGACGUUGGGCGAGCCCGCCCUGAGACCCCGACCUCCCCUCAUCCCGCCGCGUCUCCCCGCGACUGGGAUACCGGCACGGACGACGACGACGAGAGUGGGGUGUCGGAAGGGACGCCGCAGGAGGCCGUUUUUGCCCCCGCCGACGAGGGGGGAGUGAGAAUCAACUCAAAUGCACCCCCCCCACCAUCUCCCCCAGGGGAUGUCGUGAGGCGUUACGCCUCCUUCGAUGACAGUAGCUCUGAUGACAACCCUUAG